AUGAACAGAUUCAAUUCCCUUUUCACAAAAAAUAUCUACUAUGGCUCCUAGCUAUUACCAGGAAAGAAGCACACCAAAAUUGUAGUUGGAGAUUACUUUUUGCUCAAAAGAAAGUACACCGAGCAACAAGUUAAAACUUAUGCUGAAAUAUCAGGCGAUAACAAUCCAAUUCAUACUGAUGAAGAAGCAGGUAAAAAAAGUAUCUUCAAACAAAGAGUAGCUCACGGUAUGCUCACAGGAGGUAUCUUUGGAUAAAUGCUCGGUUCAACACUUCACGAUGCAAUUUACCUUAACCAAACAUUAAAGUUUACAGCUCCUGUUUUUCUAAACGAAGAAGUUGAAGGAAGAAUGGAAGUAAUUGACGUUAAUUACAAGAAAAAGUUCAUUAAAUUGAAAACAAGUCUUCAUAAAAUCCAUGAAAACGAUAAAAUCGCAGUAGAGGGAGAAGCUAUGGUACUUUAUAAGUAUCUUGAAGAGUGA